UUGAGUGUAUAAAAAAAAAACAAACAACAAUGAUGACUUUGAAACCUGUGUUACUUAUGUGGCUAUUGAGUGUUCAUCUGUGGCUUCAAAUCGCUCAAGCUGAGGUGGAUAUGAAAAAUCACAAAUUGAGCGGCAUCAUACAAUGGAAAUAUGAGAAGCGUCCAUUUUGCAAUGCUUUCACAGGGUGUGGCAAAAAACGCACUUCUUCACAUCCUCCCUAUCCGGCUAUAAAACGCAGCGAUCUCGAUGGCGACAAGGCCAUGUUAUUCAGCAACGACUAUAUGUCUGAGGGCCUUUCCGAUUUGAUAGACAUCAAUGCCGAACCUGCUGUGGAAAAUGUCCAAAAACAAAUCAUGUCACAGGCCAAAAUCUAUGAGGCCAUCAAAGAGGCUAGCAAGGAGAUAUUCCGUCAGAAAAAUCGCCAACGUCAACAAAUGCAAGAGGCCAAUCGUCUGAUGGGCCAGCAGCCACAACAGCAGCAGUACGAAGCGGACAGGCUCGAUGAGAAUGAUAAUAUCUAGGGCUUGGACUAAGAACAUUUAAGCAGCAGCUGGAUUUUUAUAUGUAAAAAAAAAAACGGGUGAAUGGACGCAAAAAAUAUUUAAAUGUGAAGGGGAAAAGUUUUGUAAAAACAGAAAUCUGUGGUAAAUUUUAAGGAUUUUCUGUUUACAGCUUUGCCCCAAGCAAAAUAUAUAGAAAAAACUUAUUAUCCUAAAUCUUGUAUAAUAAAAACUUUAGCCAAAACAAUUAAAGCAAUGUGAAGAAUU